UAGAACCUUAGUUGUAUCAACGGAAGACGAGAACCUUGAUAGUGACUAACAGAAUCUGUCGUUUUCAAGAACCCUGUCAAAACUGCGGAUGAAAAUAUGGAUUAACGAAUUAGGCAAUUCACCGACUACGCCGUCAACCUUAUAGCUAAGGCAACUAAAGGCGGCCGGGUAAUCGUAUGCUCUGUAGGUUAAACUGUGGCGUCACUCGCGAGAUCUGCUUUAAUGCCGUUGCAAUUGAAUCUGUAAACUCAAACCAUCAUAGAAAACAGUGUAGGUGGUGUUAUUAUAGGCUAAGCCUAUUAAUUGGCAGAGCAUCAUCUCUGUCUGAAGAAAAUUGGUAUGCAGUUUCAUGUUCACAGUGGAUCACUGGAUUCAGACGGUCGACCAACUGCCCUCUAGUCUACUGUGGAGGAACCACUGUGGAAGAGUUACAGAGCCUCUGUUGCCCCGGCACCGGUUGGUCUGAGACACUUACCAUCAGAAAUGUUUUCACAAACACUUGGCUCCUGAUGACAAGAUUGAAUUGACCAAGCCAUACAGUAACUGAGAGAAAGAGGAUACUCAGCACAAGCAACACAGAGAAACUGCCCUACAGAUCAGGAAUAAUGUCUUCCAGGGAGCGCCGUUCAGAUCUCUACAUUAAAGCGGAGCCCAGCAGCCCCGAGGGAGCCGGUGGGGGUCGUGCCAGUCCCGGUGGGGCCUCGUCCGACUCGUCCCAGAGCGGCGGCGGAGGGACCCGUGGAGACGGCCCCGGCCGCUACUCACCACCCCUCUACACGCCCGCGCUGCGCUGCCACUUCAAAGAGGAGGCCGGGGACGGCGCCGAGGAAGGGUCUACGGGCAGCGGAGGUGGACGGUGCAAGUACGCCUUGAGCACCCUGCCCAAGAGGCUCUGCCUGGUGUGUGGAGAUGUGGCGUCGGGCUAUCACUACGGGGUGGCCUCUUGUGAAGCCUGCAAGGCCUUUUUCAAGAGAACAAUACAAGGUAACAUUGAGUACAGCUGUCCGGCAUCCAACGAGUGUGAGAUCACAAAGCGGCGCAGGAAGGCCUGCCAGGCUUGCCGUUUCACCAAGUGCCUCAAAGUGGGCAUGCUCAAAGAGGGAGUGCGCCUUGACCGAGUGAGAGGAGGGCGGCAAAAGUACAAGAGACGUCCAGAGGUGGAGAACGCCACGUACCAGAGUGCUCCGAUACCACUGAGGAAAGAGGGAGAGAAAGGCUCCUCCAACAUCAUCGUGUCCCACCUGCUGGUGGCCGAGCCAGAGAAGCUCUUCGCCAUGCCGGACCCACUGCAGGCGGACACGGCCCAGCGGACCCUCACCACACUCUGCGACCUGGCAGACAGGGAGCUGGUGGUCAUCAUCGGCUGGGCCAAGCACAUCCCUGGCUUCCUGUCCCUCUCGCUGGCCGACCAGAUGUCCGUGCUGCAGUCGGUGUGGCUGGAGGUGCUGGUGCUGGGUGUGGCCUACCGCUCGCUGGGCUGCGAGGACGAGGUGGUGUUCGCCGAGGACUUCGUCCUGGACGAGGAGAUGUCCCGCGUGGCGGGCCUGACCGAGCUCAACGCGGCCAUCAGCCAGCUGGCGCGGCGCUUCCGCUCCCUACAGCUGGACCGCGAGGAGUUCGUCAUGCUCAAGGCCAUAGCACUCACCAACUCAGACUCGGUGUACAUCGAGGACAUGGAGGCGGUGCAGAAGCUGCGCGACCUGCUGCACCAGGCCCUGCUGGAGCUGGAGAGCCAGCGGCGGCCCGAGGACCCCCAGCGCGCCGGCCGCCUGCUCCUCACGCUGCCCCUGCUGCGCCAGACGGCCGGCCGCGCCCUCACCACCUUCUACGGGAUCAAGACCCGCGGCGGCGUGCCCAUGCACAAACUCUUCCUGGAGAUGCUUGAGGCCAUGAUGGACUCGCCCUAGAGCAAAACACUCCAAGCCCAGGACAGAACGACGGACGGACGGACGGACGGAAGGUCGGAUGGAUGGAGGGUGGGAAGGAGAACUUGUGAGAGGUGGUCAUACCUUCAUGGAAGGCUGACCAGUUGAUCCCUUUUUUUUUGCGUGGCUGGCUGGAUGGAUAGUGAUCGCGGCGCUAUAUGAAAGAACAUUUGACUUAUGGAAUAAAAGGUUUGUUAUGAAAGACCCCAUGACGUGUGUUUAAGGCACACACUAUAGCUGUCAAACUCUUACCCGUGUGUAGUCCUGUGGAAGGAGAGGCAAGCUACAGCAAAUAUUACAGUAGACGAGUGCUUAAAGCCAUACUCCAUACUCUUUCAACCUAAUCUCCAGCCGCCAGCUGUGUCUCCCGGACGCCAUUGGGCCACUGGUUCUACGUGUGGGGUAGGAGGAGGAACAUCCCAAUUCAUUUUUGUGACAAUUGACAGAAUGCUGCAAUGGCUGGUAGAGAUUAGUUUGGUGUGUGUGAAAUGUCACUUUGAAUUCCUUCUCUUUCACAUUUUAUUCAGAUUAGUCAGAUGUUCAUUCACAAUGUUCACUGGGCACUUUUUGUUAGAUAUUCUGACAUUGAAAUAAAAACGCAAUCCUGCAGUUAGGAAAGAAGCAAUAUAAAGUUAAGGUGCACCAUAUGUUUCCCUUUUUGAAAUUCUAAACAGGCUUUACUUAAUCGACCCUUGCCUCCCCUUGCUAAGGAUGGCAUCCAAUAUGCUGUGAACCCAUCAGAGGUAGCUGUGUAUAAUCUUGUAGAAGUAAUUAUUUAUUCCUGUGUACAAAAAGAUACACACUAGCAGUAUUUAUAUUAGGCCCCAUUUUCAGCUGCAUUUCCACUUAAAAUAUUAAGAACAUCCUCAAAGACUAGUGUAAAAUAUCUAUGUAACUUCCACUUAAUGCCUACAAAUUAGCUGUUAUUGUACAUUCAAGUCAUAUAAGCAUGAAUGUCGCAAACUAAAAUGUCAAAUGAUUUUAUUUCUCAAACUAGUGUGAGUGUAUCUUUGUUUGAAGUCAUUACACAGCUUUUGACUGGAACAAAGAAGCAUAGGCUCAACUAAAAACAAACACACAUUCAAUUAAUAGCAUAAAAACCUACAUGCAGUGUGCUUUCUGUAGCUUUUAUAAACACUUUCCCUAUCCCUAAAACAGUAACCUUUUGUAGUAUAGAUGUAUGCAAGAUGUGUAAAAGACAAAAGCACCUUGCUUGUGAUAUGCACAGUUGGGCAUAGACAGGAUCUUUGGAAACCAUUUUGUGUGUCUGGCAGGCAGGAAUCGAGGGACAGCAUACACACACACACACACACACAGCAUGGUUUACAUGUGAGUAUAAGUGUGAAACCGAAUAGUAUGGCAAAUGUUAAACCAGAUGCAAUACUUUUAAAAGCAAUAUAACUACAAAAGUACUUGUAGAGAGUAAUAAUAGUCAUAACGUUGUGGAUAGUGCAGUUUCAAGUUUAUUAAGCUGAGGGGAAAAUAAAGGAGCAAGCUUGGCAAAGGGAAAUGACACCUUUGUGUUCUCCAGUCCUUAGACACAAACCAGAUAGACACUGAGCUCACCCAUCCUCCUUGGCUGUGGUGAGUGAGUAAUCAGGUUCCUCUUUUGGGAUGGGAGGACGAUAACAAGCUCCUCUGUGCAACAUUCAGCAAUGUUAUAUGCACUGUCCAGACUUGAGUGUCCUCUGAAAGGAAAAGCAAUGCAACGUGUAAAUGAGUUUUGGUAGACUGACUCCGAGAUGGAUUGCUUGCACACAGCAAAAGUUUGAGUCCAAAAAGGGAAUAUCAUGAUUGUCAACUCAGAUAUCUGUCUGUAUAUAUUAGCAUAAAAUAGUCACAAUAGUUUUAUUUAUACCGAGAGUUGGUAAAGUAGAUUAGGGGUUAAUGUGUGUGUGUGUGUGUGUGUGUGUGUGUGUGUGUGUGUGUGUGUGUGUGUGUGUGUGUGUGUGUGUGUGUGUGUGUGUGUGUGUGUGUGUGUGUGUGUGUGUGUGUGUGUGUGUGUGUGUGUGUGUGUGUGUGUGUGUGUGUGUGUAAGAGAAAGAGAGAGAGAGAGAGCAAGUUAGUACACUGUAUAGUACACAGCGAUUCCACUGUGUUGUAUAACCGAUGAUGGUGCAUCAAGAUCAGGGAAAUUGCAAUCCCAGGCCCUGUAGGCAAGGUGGCAUCAGCCCCUGGAAUCUAUUGGAUCUUUUCAGAACUUUUCAGAGGAGCCUGUUUAUUCAAAGAGGAAAUCAGAAUGGAUAAUCAGCUUUGGACCUCCGAAAAAAAAUAUUAACGCGAUGAUGUUUUUUUUUUUUUUGAUAUUCUGGAUUACACACCAACUGAAAAUGAAUGAAAGUGACACACACUGAUUCAGCCAUCAGUUGUUGAAGCAGGCUUGUGCUGGACUUUGCCAUAGACAGAUAUUUGACCUCCUGAGGUACUCUAAAGCUGUGUGGAACCUUUUAACCUGCUAGCCAUUUUGGCCCAGAGCAACAUUUAAUGCAACGUGGAGAGCCUCACAUUACGGGGUUGGGGUCGGUGGGGGAGGGUUGAAGGGGAACGGGGGUGGAUGGAGGGCCCUGUGACCAUGUGUUAAGUCCAUUUGUUUUUACUGCUGUGGAUGAUUGUUGUCAGACUUUUGUCUGGUAUAUGCAAACAUAAUCAGUUCAGACUCCCACAACUAUGCUACCUUACCGUCCUUUCUUUCAGGCAUAAUUCGAUCACUUGAAAGAAGACCACCCAGUUUGGUGUUCCAGUUGUCACACUCACAUUUUCAGUCACUACUGCUCACGCAGCAUCCGAGUCCCUUAUGUGAAAUUCAAAGUUACAUGUUCGUUUCAGGGUGCUUUCCUAGUUUCAUACUGUAAGUUGUCGUGAUUGUAUGUGUACACUGUCCGAUUGUUUGAUUCAUGCAGUACACUGUAUUGGCAACGGCUACUGUUCCCUCCACCAGGGAGCAGAAGUACUCAAGCUAGAGCAGAAGGUUUUGCCAUAUGAAAGAACAUACUACAUGCAACAAGUGUCCUCGAGUCAUAGUGACGGAUACUUGGGUACUUUGAUAACUAAUGUUUGUUUGUUUGUUUGUUUUCUCCUCAUAGUUUCAUGUAAUGGGUCUUCAUGAACCAUGUCCAGUUAGGGAUAGUUUUGCUUGGCCUCAGGUUUGGUAUGACAAUAAAGCAAUCCAUUUGAGAGAAUGUUGUGAAUGUUAGUUUUGUAUUGAACUCAUUUAAAAGAAAAAAAAACCUUAGGUUUGUUAAUGGGUACUAAUUGAAUUUUGGAAGAAAUACAAAACCAGGGAUCUUGACAUUUUUAACAUGAAUGAUUUGUUAUUAGUUUUUAGUAGUGUUUCUGGUAUUGCAGGCUUCAGGCACAAACUGUUAGUAGUGUUGAACACUGCAAGACAGUUUCCUGUUGUUAGUCUGUUUCUUUUUAUUAUUUCCAUGUUCUUAUACUAACAGACAUUGCCAGCCUUACUAUUGAAGGGUGCACAGUGCAGUAUGAGACUGGGUGUGUGAGAUGGCAGACUUUUAUGUAUUUGUUAUAGACAAACUAUUUUUAUCUAUUUCUCUAUAAACCUUAGUUUUUGGCCCUGAAAACAAUAUAUGUUUCAUUUUUGUUAUUUUCCAUUGAUUUUUGUACGCUCAAGUAAGUGUUUUCUCAGUUAAAACUUGAGAGCAUAGAAUGUGUACAUAAUCAUGGAUAUCUGGGUCCAUACAGAGUUGUAAAAAUGUUGAUGUUUGUGUCAAUAAUAUCUCUAAUGUUAUGAUUAUACUACCAUGGUGUUCCAUAUGGAUAAUCAUUAUAUAUUGCCAUCUGUCUGUCGAAUAUUGAGGUGUUUUCAGAGAUCACAUAAUUUAGAGAUAAUUUAAGGUCAUCUAUAGAUGUUAGUAUGUUUGUGUAUAUUUAUGUAAAUGAGCAAUACAACUGAUUACCAAAACAUUGUUUCACAUUUCCCUGUAUAUUCACAUACUGUAAAUCAAACCUCAAACGUAAUAAGUGGUAAUAAUCAAUAGUAAUAACACAAGCUUAUUAUUAAGUUAACGAACAAAUCAAUAUUUGUAUUUUAAAAAUAUUGUAUUUAAAAAGAUUAAAUUCUAUUUUUUACUCAAUUUGCUGAUGUUUGUUAAUAUUAUUGUUUUUGUUUUGCGUGUGGGUUCCAGUCUAAUGGUUGUGAAUGUCUCUGUGUACUGUUUCUUUCAGUCAAGCUAAAUGGUUCAUCAGUAGUGACUUAUCUCAACAACUUGUUCAUAUUGAAUCACUGUGAGACAAGAAAAGUUCUAAAACACCAGAGGAAACUAGGGAUAUUUUAAACAAAAGAUUGUUGGUGUUUUGUGUUUUGUAAUAAAUUAACAGACGCCAUCACA